CAGGCGGGCGGGGCUGUUUUUCGGUGCAGUGCCAUGCCGUGGAGUGAUGUAGCAAGACUUACGGGACACAGCGGGCACGGAGGGAAGCAGAGCAAACGUUAGCAAGGUUGUCUUUGAAAUAAAAAUCCUUCAAAUCUGUCUAUUUUGGGAAGCAAAAUGGAUUUACUGAAUUCCAUCUAACGUCAACGGUAUUGGAGCCUUUCCGCGCUACCUGACACACGGACAUCUUGUUUCUGUCAUACCAGGAUACCGGAGUGUAGAGACACAUUUUGACUUUAUUUUGGACCCGGUGCUGAUUGUAUUGUAGUGGAGCUCUCUACGGCCCACCAUGGCGUGGCCCUGUAUCAGCAGGGCGUGUUGCAUGGCCCGCUUCUGGAACCAGCUGGACAAGGCUGACAUUGCGGUGCCUUUGGUCUUCACCAAGUACACGGACGUCUCCGAGAUGCAGCACAUCCAGCUGCAGCCAGCGCUCCACCCUUCCCAGGGCCGGGACGCCAUAGAAACGCAGCCGUCCGAGAUUAGCGCCUCGAAUUCGGCGCGGCCGCCGCGCAGGUGCGUCUCCGAGGAGCGCGUGUGCGGUUCGGUGAUGCGCGAGGACUUUAAGCACUGGAAAGUGCGACCCGAGCCGAGCUGUAAACCCAAGAACGAGUACCACGAACCGGAAACACCGUUCAACAGUGAGACUCAGUACCAGAAGGACUUCAAACCCUGGCCCAUCCCGAAAAGGUACGACCAUCCCUGGAUACAGAGACAGCCUGCCUCCGAUGACCGGGCUCCGGACAGGUCCAGGCACGCAAAGCAGCCGGCGGGAGCGGACAGCGGUGUGGAGAAGAGUGCUAUCGCCGACAAGGUCCAGGAGAAGGACCUGCUGCAGGGGCAGGAGAGGAAAAAGAGGACCAGUAAACAGGAGGGCCCGAAGAAAGUUGUCCUGAAGGUGGAAGGAGAGGGCAAAGGGAGGGCGGCGGCGGAUGCUGUGAACAGGCAGAUCAAACAGGAGAUUACAGGCGACAGCUCGUACACAACUGAGUACAAGGCUUACGGAGAUGUGAAGCCGGCAAAGAUGAUCCGGGCCAGGUCCCAGUACCUGCCACCGGAUGAGAAGACCAGCCUAGAGACCAGCUACAGUGCCACAUACAAGGGCCAAGCCCCGCUGAGGCCUAAUAGACAGGACAACAAGGCCCUGGACAGGAGGAGGAUACGCAGUUUGUACAGCGAGCCUUACAUAGACCCCAUCAAACAGGUUGACAGGUACAGUGCCCUUCGCACGAAACCCAAAAAGCCUGGAGCCGCCGCCGCGGCCGGCCAGGGCAAGCCAGCCAAGAAAGCCAGAGAUAAGCAGAGCGCCGCGCUGAGGGGCUCCAAGAAGACGGCCUCGGAGAACCAGCUGGAGAACCGGCCGGCGGUGGGGGACAAGGAGAAAAGUAAAGAGAUGAACAACAAACUGGCUGAGGCAAAAGAGGUUGUGCUAAAACAGUACCACUACAUACAGCUCUGCCAGCCAAUCCGAGAUAUUGGCUGGGUGCAGACUCUAAAGCAACACCUGUGGGGCUGUGCGCUGCCCGAUCCAAGAGAUGCUAAGGACGAGGUUCUCCGACCCGGUCAUCAUCAUACCCAGGGUGCUGCUGGAGGAGAACCACCACCAGCACCACCACCGCUGGAGAGACCCGAGCCUCGGAGGAGCAGCGGAGUCGUACGCUUUUCCCUAGAUGGCAGCCAGACUGAGUAGCUCUGCAGUGAGGAUGGAUGCAGAUACACCUUAUACAGACUGAUGCUCUGUACUGUAGAUAACUAGUAUUUGCAACUAAGUUGGAUUAAGACAAGAGGUUAAAUCCCCCCUUCCACCCCCCACCCCCCAAAAAAAACUUAGCUAUCCAAGAGGCAUUUGAAACACGCAUGUUUGAGACAUCUCUUAAGGUCACAGCUGUUUGACCCAUGGCAUUAUUCCAAAGGUGCUACAUCAUUUUCUGGUUUCAUGCAAUUUAUUUUAAAAGAAUAUGUCACCAUCAUUAGAAAUACCACACCAUAAAGUGCUUCGACAACAAUUACAACAGAAACUGUGCUGUACAUUGAUCGGUUUUAGUGUAAAUAAAUACUAGUAACUUGCACAUUA